AUGACGGUGGAGGGCGCUGCCUUGGUGAAGGCCACAAAGGCUGGCCCGGUCGUCAGACCAAGGCGGCGGCCGGCAUCCGUCGGGGAAUCUCCAGGCCAGCUUAGCUUGCCCACACCGCCGAGGAAGAGGCCUUUUCCUGCCGCCCUUCGUGGAGUGGAGCUGGUCGAGGUGCCGCCGAGUGCGAUCCAGGAGCUUGCAUCCCAGGGUCCCGACGCAGGCAAGGAGUAG